CGACAGCGAGAAAUUUUAACAAAUUUCUUACGAUGUUUUCUCCUUUCUUGAAUAUCUUAAACAUUCAGUGAAAAAUUAACAAGAUAUAGAUAAUAGGCUGUGGUCCAUUAAAUACUUUUAAAAACAAAUAAUCAUCGAAACAAUUUUUAUUAAAGCAAUGUAUAGUGAUAUCGUGGAGGAAAAACCUACUAAUUUUCCCGAGGACAAGAAAAGUGACAUUGAAUCAAAAAAUACCUCAUCGGAGGAAUCUCCCAGCCCCAACCAAGAAAAAACUAUCAUUUUGCCAACAAAAAUAGAAUUAAUCGAACAGAAAAUAGAAGACACACAAGAAAAAGAGGAUCGUUCAAUCGUCCCCUCAUUUGAGACUUCCAUGGAACAGCUUCAAGCCUGGUCCAGAGCUAUAAGUUCUGCUGCUAAUCAAAAUCUUCGAGCCCGGCGUGAUCUAUCCGUUAGAACUGACCUAAUGGACGAUAUUCCGUGGACUUCUAUGUACAAAGAAGACAUUCAUAAACACAAUCCCGGAGCUCUCAAUAAAACUCCAUCGCACCUAGGAUAUAAGCCAAAAAAUAUACUCGGUGCUUGUUUCGAGUCUCUAAUUCCAUCCGCCUUGGUUUCCAACGACGGAGAAAAUUCAAGAGAUUUACCACCCAAUCACCAAAGUACUCCACCUACUCCCUCAUCUUGUUUCACGGCAAUGCAGCGGGAGCCAUCACCUUGUUUUCCAACAGCAUCUCUUUCACAUGAACCUUGCAAUUCCUUGUCAGAAACUCCGGUGAAAAGGCCCACUGUGAAAUCCAAUCGUCAUGUCGAAGUCCCUUCACAAACCUCAUCUGCCUCCCCCUAUCAUCAUGCAUUCUCAAUCAGAUCGCUUCUCACCGAUUCUCUUGAUAAAUCUGAUGCUCGCACGCCGACAAACUCCGCUCUUUUAAAACUCCAGCUAUGCCGGACAGUCCUUGAUUCAGUGACCGAUUCUCCCGCAAAAGAAAGUCUUUCAACUUCCAUGGUCUCAGGGGAGUCUGAGCCAAGCAUGGUAGAGGAUCUCGAAAGAGACCUUAAUGAUGAUGAAAAUUCCGAAGACGCCUGUGAUCCUGCAAUGGAUGAGGUCCGAAAAGAAGAUGAAAAGGGUGAAGCUACCGGAGAUGAAGAGAAAAAACACGAAAAACCAGCCUUCAGCUACAACGCCCUGAUCAUGAUGGCGAUCCGGUCGUCCCCGGAGAAACGGCUGACGCUAAGCGGCAUCUACGACUUCAUCAUGACGAACUUCCCUUACUACCGCGACAACAGGCAAGGCUGGCAGAACUCGAUCCGGCACAACCUGAGCCUCAACAAAUGCUUCGUUAAAGUCCCCAGACACUACGAUGACCCCGGCAAAGGUAACUACUGGAUGCUCGAUCCAUCGGCUGAUGAUGUCUUCAUCGGAGGAAGUACUGGUAAACUCCGCCGCAGGUCAACCCAGGCUUCCAGAAAUCGUUUAGCAGCAUUUAAACAAUCUCUCCUAGGCCGAAUGUGCAACCCAUAUCUUAGCCCUUUGUACCAUCAAGCUGCAACCGCUGCUGCCGUUUCAGCUUUGUAUUGCAGGCCUCCCUUUCAACCUAAUUUACCAAGUUCACCUCUGAGUAACAUGUACCUAAACACAUCGCAGCAGUGCACUCCUCCUCUUACUCCUACUGUGCCUUCUUAUUCUCACCAGCCUUACCCACCACAUUCCCCUAAUGGAAUUCAAUCCCCACUUAGACUUCCAAAUCUCAUCGAAACUGCAAAACUCAACAACAGUCAACUCCCUUUGUCGUUCAGUGUGGAACGCCUACUAAGUGAUAGCCCCAGGUCUCCUUCACCAAACGAUAACGGAUAUCCUGCUGUUGAUAGAUAUAGAGUUUGGUCAUCCAUGUUCGGAAAUUCGCAUCCAGGAAUGUCAUCAUUUGGUUCCGGUCAUCCAGUUCCACUUGACGAUAACAACCUGCUCAAGCGUGCUCUCGCUGGACAUCAACUAGGAGGAAGUUCAUCCAAUCCAACCUGGCCAUAACAUGAGAUUUUGUUAGCACUCAUAUUGCUGUCUUGUCAAUUUUAAACUAAUCAGAAAACAUAAUAACCAAUUAGCAGAUUUCCAAUAAUAUUAAUGCUAUUGUUGCAACGACACAGCCCACAGUUUUUCUGCUAGCACUUGUUUAUGUUUUUUUUAUGGCUUAGCUUGUGAGUUUUCAACCGCACGAGUCUUCAGUAGACAUGGCUUCCGCACACUAUUUCUUUGACAUAGUCUAUUUCUGAAAUCGUUUUGAGUAUUUUCAAUGACGUUUUACGCGUUCUAUUUAAUAUCCGUUUUGUGGGUUUUUCUAUGAAUAGAUUUACCAGAUUCUCAUGAAAUAAUUUUCAACUUUACGAGAGCUUAUUCAACAUCGGUAACGAGUGGAUCAGAUAGUUAUAGCUUGUAAGUGCUGUCGUAGCAAAGAGUGUCCCAGACGUUUCCUCGAAUUUUAGAUUGAUAUAUAAAAAAAAUGGGACAUGCGCUCCUUCGAUGUCUACGUAAUAUGGGCGCUUGCAGCCUAAUGCUCUGAAUUUUUCUACAGGUAUAUAUGUAUGUCUAAGUUCAGCGUGCGAUUAAAAAUUUCUUUGUUUUUUAGUUAGGUUUUUAUCAAUGAUCAAAUAAAACUAGACACUAUUGACGUAUUUUCAGUUAUAUAAAAUAUAUGUUGUCAACACAUCGAAAUCUCAUUGUUGUGGUGAAUACGUACGCAUUUACAAAAGCUGAAUGGUGAAAAAUGAACUUUGAAUGAAUGGGUUGAAAAUCACUGUAAAUGAAAUUAUUUGCGUGUUUUUUUGAAUUUUAAAAUUAUUUAACCUCGAAAUAUAUUUUUUUUAUAUUUUCACAUAACUAACCUCAUAUGAUGUCUUUUUAUCCAUAUUUUUAGAUAGUGCCGUCUUCCGUGUAGUAUAGCGAUUGUAUCUAGUACACGAAAAAUGCUCGUAUAAAGUUGAUCUAUUUUCAAAAUUAAAAUAAAUUUUCUCAUAUAAAACAUUUUGAGACGAAGAAAAAACAAACACAUAUGAAAAAUAUCUUCAUUUCCAAUUAAUAGAAUGUAAUGGGAAUGCCAUUUAUCUAAAAAAAAGAUUUCAGGAAAAAUUAUCAACGGCUGGGUAAGAAGUAAGAAAAUAUGAUAUAUGAAAUAUUUCAUAUUAUAUGAAAAAAAAUAAUUCUCAGUAAAGUUUCCAGUGCAUCAUUGGAAAUUCUUCAUUAUAUUAAUAAAACAGUAAAGUUGAAAUAAAACAUGGUUUCAAUGUGAUUUAUUGUACAGGUUUUCACGGAGAACUUUUCUUAAUACACAAACGAAAAAACUUUGUUAAGUUACCUUUGAUGAAGAUAAUUUUAACAUAUACUUUCUUUACACAAUAAAGGAUUUAUUUACGCAAAUUCAAAAUUGGCGUGAAAAUACCGAAUUUUAAAAAGAUGAAUAAUAUUUUGUUUCCGGUUACCUUAAAAUUUUCGAUUACUACAUGAGCAUUUGAAUUUCCGGACACAUGGUACUUGAAUAUCAUGCUGUUUCUGUAUGAAUAUAUAAAAUUGUAUGAAUAUAUAUAAUAUAUUAAUAAUAGUUUUGACGAAUGACCGUCUCAAGUCUAUCUUAUCCAGAGAAAUGAAUGAGAACUUGUUCCAAUUAAGAGUGAUACAUUUCUUCUACCCGUAUUGGACAUUCUGAAUAAUUUUGGCCAAAAGACGUAUAACUCCUAGAUGCAGGAAGUGUGUAAUUAUUUAGACAAUACGACCCUCUAUUUUUCUGAGUAGUGGAUAUUUGGAUAUUUACAUCCAUUUGACUUUUCUGAUAAAUGUCGAUAAGAAAUACUAAACUUAUUUGAAUCUCGUAUUAGUGCCUAAUAAGUGCGAAAAUUUUAAUGGUAAAUGUUCAUUUGAUUUUUUCAUUUCAAUUUGUCAAAUUUUUAUGAGAGAAAAGCUCUUUCAUUUCCUGCGUCGAAGAAUUUGAAUUUAACUGUAAAUUGAUUUGUA